AGAAUAGGUGAGUAUGAUAAACCUCAUGUGUUAUUCAUUGGUUUGCAACACUUGUAUGAUUCCUCUCCUCCCUGCUUCCUGCCAAUCCACUUGUCUUUCCAUCUCGGAGACAAAGAGCCUUUCAAGUGAACACCCACAAAAAACCGUCAACAACUAAGAUAAAGCACUUAGCAGGCGAGCGACUCAUCUUUGUGUUCACAAAUGUGACAAAUCCGAUGGAGCCACAUGCCUGUCUGCAAACAGACCAAAUCACCACCACCGAUUAGACAGGAAUCCUUUGCUUAUAGAAAACUAUUGCCCGAACAAAAUAUCUAUAAAUUUGUGUUGCAGUCUGUAUGAACAAAUGUGUAGGUCAUUUCAAUCUUGCAGAGUCACGGUCAUCGCAGAAGUGUAGCAUCCUUUGCACAUUUGAAUAAACUCCCCAUCCUCGCUCCUCGCAUAAGUGCUUCACCCCACUUGUACCUAUUCUCGGAGAUUGAAUUACUACAGGGUAAUGGAAACCAUGUUGAGUGCUGUGGGACAUCCUUUUCCCACACAACAACCGUUUAAUCACAGACAAGCAGCGGGCACUGUGCCACAUUAUAUAUCACUGUCUGUAUGUGAGCACAGAGGAGCCACUAGAGAGAAAAAAACACAGAAAGGAGACUGUCUCUGUAGGCUGGGAAGAACACAAAAUCCAACUGAAAUGGGUUUUUUGUGUUUUUUUUUCACUGAAAAAACCCCAACAACAAAUAAAGGAAAAGCAUCCAUUUGCAGUGUACAUUAAAUGACUGAUAAUGGAUGCUAAUUGGAGCAAUAAAAAUGCAAAGUGAUGAAGAGAUUGGACUUUAAUUGCUUCUUUUUUCUACUGAACCACUCUCUGUGGAUAACGCUGUCCAAAGAGUGAACUCUGUGUGUGUAUGUGUGUGAGGGUGGGUGGAGGUGGUGGUGGGGUACUAGGUAAUUCCACGCAAACAGCCACAUACUUUCACAUUAUCUCCUCCAGUGGACACAUCAGCGCCUGCCCCUCCUGAGCUGGAAGAUUUCACUCUCCUCCUUGGUCCUCAUCUUCUACCUUCUUCACAUUUUUUUCUUCUCACUAUUUUUCCAUCUCUUCAUUUUUUUUUAAUUUUUUUUUUGGCGUUUCUUUUUUCAACGAUGUCGUCUCUUCUCAGGGAGGAGAUGCAGAGGGUUUUAUUCCGGCCUGAAAAGCACAGGUUGGUGGAGUUCAUAGAGAUUGAGGAACUGUCGCGUGGGAGACAUUUUCUCUGUGUCUCAGUUGGAAAGAACAAAGUGGUGCAGUUGUGCAUUGUGCAAUGUCACGUAUCCUUGUCUUCAAAAUCCAAGAAGUCUCAAACCAAGCGCUCCAGCAUCCAGGACUGCUACAGGAAGGCGGAGGUCUGGUCUCUGCAAGACCUGACUCUGGUUGAUGGGCGAGACCCCGAUGUGGAUGACCCCUGUUUCCUGCUGCACUUCGACAAAGUGCGCUCGGUGACGGCCGUCAGCAGUUCGGCGAAAUACACCAUGGUGCGAGCCCUGGUCGCAGUCAGCGACCGGUACUGUCAGAGGACACUGCCUCUGCGGAACUUUGACUGUGCUUACAUCAAGCCCACCACCUUUUACUCCAACAGAGGGGACUGUGUUGUACUGUCACAGAUAUGCUUGUAUGCCUGCAAUUUGGUUUGUCUCUCCAUGUGUCCUGUUCCCCUGGAUUCAUGAAGACAUGACUGAAUUUGUGACAGAGUGCAUGUCUUGUGCAUCCUGCAGAACUUGACUUUGUUGGAGUUGUGAAGCCCAAAGUUUGCUGCUUUUAGGGUUUUAAUAAAUCGUGAACGUGUUCUGCAUAAA